AUGGCAUACUCUGUUGGUCAAAAUAUAGAAAUUUUUUGGAAUAAUACAUGGUAUCCAGGGGUUAUUUUAGAAAUUGGACAGAAAAAGACCUAUCUGGUCUCUUAUUUGGGCUGGAGCGAUUCAUUUAACGAAGCUAUAGAGCUAUCCAAGAUUCGAAUCAAUCAAGAUAAACCUGCUGAUGAAAAUUCAGACUUAAAAGUCGGAGAUAAAAUAGAGGCAGAAUGGGGAAGCAGCUGGUAUGAAGCAAUAAUUGAAGAAAUUAAAACUUGUUACGUAAAAGUUCGCUAUAAAAAUUAUAGUAAUAACUGGGAUACUUGGAUAACAAAUGAGAAACUCCGACCUGCAGAAACGAAUGUUAGUGAAGCAAGUGUCGAAGCAGAAGGAAGUAUUUUCGUUUCACUAAAAGUGUUAGAAAGAAUUGCAUAA